AUGCAGUCGGAACGAGUGUAUCGCUUUGACGGAUCGACCGUGCUUGUUAUCAAAACCGAUCUCACGUACACAGUUACACUCCAGACGUUCUGUACUCUCCUAUCCGGCAACCGGCGAGACGCUGCCGUGAGCCAGCCGCUCUUGCGGCAGCCGCCAGCGGAGGCCGAGCGCGUCGCACCAUCCCGGACGGCAGUGACAGUUUACCCGACAUCAAUCGUCGACGGCAAGCUCGAGAACUGCGCCUCCAAAGUCGCCCAGAUUUGCCUCUCGCGGCGCGCUGAGUUAGUAUCGCCGGCGCCGCUCGGACUCGGUUGA